UAUUUAUAAGAGAAGAGUUUGACUAUAAUUGAUUAAAAAACCAGUAGCCUGCCUUGUUUGCCAAUAGUUUUUCUUUUCUUUCUCUCCCUUGUUUUCUGUGUCUCACAGAGUUAUUGAAAUCUAUAGAAAGAAAGGAGAAAUGGCUGGUCCUCAGUGUUGUUCAAACCCACCAAUACUAAGCUCAAACUGUGGAGAUGGUUCCGUGCUUCAACUUGGAGGCCUCAACACCUAUGUCACUGGUUCCCCUGUUUCCAAAACUGGAAUUCUUCUCAUUUCUGAUGUUUUUGGAUAUGAAGCACCAAAGUUGAGGAAGCUUGCAGACAAAAUUGCAUACUCUGGGUUCUAUGUGGUGGUUCCAGACUUCUUUUAUGGAGAUCCCUUUACUUAUGAGAAUGCUGAGAAGCCACUACCAGUUUGGAUCAAGUUUCAUGGAACGGAAAAAGGAUUAGAAGAUGCAAAACCUGUAAUUGCAGCUCUGAAGAAUCAAGGCAUAUCUGCCAUUGGGGCAGCAGGUUUCUGCUGGGGUGGGAAGGUACUUGUGAAACUAGCAAAACCAGAGUACAUUCAAGCUGCAGUCAUGUUACAUCCUUCAUUUCUUAAACUUGAUGAAAUGAAAGAGGUCCAGGUCCCUAUUGCUAUUCUGGGAGCUGAAGUAGACGAUUAUUGUCCAAUAGAGCUGUUGAAGCAAUUUGAAGAAGUUCUUGCCUCCAAAACUGAGGUGAAUAGCUUUGUGAAGAUGUUUCCUGGGACUGAACACGGAUGGACAGUGAGAUAUAGUGAUGAAGAUGAAAAUGCUGUCAAAAGUGCAGAAGAAGCCCACCAAGACAUGUUAGAUUGGUUCACCAAACAUGUCAAGUAAAGCAAUAUAUAUAUAUAUACUUCUGAUUAAUAAAAUAAAUUUAAAAAUAAAAUAAAAACAUUGUUGAGUUGUGAUAUUACAGGUAUUGGGUUUCCUGUAACAAGGUCUUGGUGCCUCAUUUGAUAAUUCUGGUGAUAAAAACAUGAGAUGAAAAGAACCUUUUGAUUGUGGCAAAAGAUACAGACGCCAACUUUCUCACAGAGGCGGCGAAAAAUGUGUUGCAAAAAAUUGAAGCAUUGUUGUGUUUUUAGUUUGUAAACACCUUUGGUAGAAAUGAAAUAAAGAAAAGCUGCAUCAGGCUACA